AAAAAAAAGCCAACCCUAUAUGAAAGCUCGCACUCAAUUGCAGCUAAAACAAACAGCCCACUCUCUCUUUUUCAGUCGCUCUUCUCUGAUGGAUCAGUAUGAAAAAGUUGAGAAGAUUGGUGAGGGAACAUACGGAGUGGUUUACAAAGCUCGUGACCGAGUAACAAAUGAAACUAUUGCUCUCAAGAAAAUCCGGCUAGAGCAGGAAGAUGAGGGGGUGCCAAGUACAGCUAUCAGAGAGAUUUCUCUUUUGAAAGAGAUGCAACACGGGAAUAUCGUAAGGUUGCAGGAUGUGGUGCACAGUGAGAAGCGCUUGUAUCUGGUAUUUGAAUAUCUGGAUUUGGAUUUGAAAAAACACAUGGAUUCUUGCCCAGAAUUCUCCAAGGAUCCUCGUCUGGUUAAAACGUUUCUAUGUCAAAUACUCCGUGGCAUCGCCUAUUGCCAUUCUCAUAGAGUCCUUCAUCGAGACUUGAAGCCUCAAAACUUACUCAUAGAUCGCCGUACAAAUGCAUUAAAGCUCGCAGACUUUGGAUUGGCUAGAGCAUUCGGCAUUCCUGUCAGGACAUUUACGCAUGAGGUUGUGACACUAUGGUACAGAGCUCCGGAAAUACUACUCGGAUCACGCCAUUAUUCUACUCCAGUUGAUAUAUGGUCAGUUGGUUGUAUAUUUGCCGAAAUGGUAACACAGAAACCAUUAUUUCCGGGCGACUCUGAGAUAGAUGAACUCUUCAAAAUCUUUAGAGUCAUGGGCACGCCAAAUGAAGAUAUAUGGCCUGGAGUGACAUCUCUGCCUGAUUUUAAAUCGGCAUUUCCAAAAUGGCCACCUAAGGAGCUCAGAAGUGUGGUUCCGAAUCUUGAUGCAGCUGGACUUGACCUCCUUGGUAAAAUGCUCUGUUUAGAUCCGAGCAAAAGAGUUACUGCCAGAACUGCUCUUGAGCACGAAUACUUUAAGGAUAUCGGGUUCGUUCCCUGAUUGUUUCCCCUAAUGCUGGUGCAAAUGUAUAUUGAUAUGUGGCGAUGAAAAUACAUUAUAAUAUUAUAUGCGAGAAAUGUUGUCUCCGUUUUUUGAUUCCUUUGCUGUUAUUAAAAUAUAUAUAGAAGUGAUACUUGGCACAAGCAACUUGUGCAGCAACUUUGGAAUUCUAUGUUGCUUGUGCUCUUCACUUGCCCAUAUUCCCGUUUUUCGUGAUCGUUUCAAUUUUUCCCUAUUCUUCUUCGUCCUUUUUUUACCCCUUGCUUAUGUAAGACAAUUAUAGCUUUUGUUUGCCUUAUCGUACAUUAUCAUGGUGUGCCAUUAAGCCAAUGUGUUUAUGUAUAUUUUUCGGUCAAAACUUUUUAUUAUUAUAUUGGCUUUACUGGAAGAAUAGUUAACUAACAUGUGAUUGUUUUGAACGUCUCAUUGCAAAGCUUGCAAUUUUUUGUAUUUUUUUUCGUAUCUU